AUGGGAGCCGGUAACGUUGCUGAAGAGAAGGCUGAGAAGCGUGUUGGCUUUGAGAAUGAAGACGACGCCCAUUCGAGCGGAAGCGACGACGACUAUCAGAGAGCGGUAGAGGUCACCUUUGAUCCGGGGAACCCGUAUCGUCGCAAGAGCUCUUUGGUAACUUCUGAGGCUUCGCGGCCGCUACCACGUCAUCCAAGUAAAAGAACCGAGUGCAUUGUGCAUCAAUUCCUCGAGAGCCAGAGGAAAGCCCGCGAUGCCGUCGCCUCAGCCAGCAACCACGGCUCAAGGUCCAACUCAGUAUCAAGCACCACCAAGUCUUCAUCAGACAACUAUCAUCACGGCCAUCCAACCUACGAGAGCCCUCAUCGGCAAGCAGCCGUUAAAGACGUAUCUGCCGAAACGGGCAUGUCAAAGACGGUCGAGCCGAAGGGCCGCAUCGCCAAGCAUAGAGCUGCGAUACUGGCUUCCGACAGUCCGGAGGGCAGUGACGUGGGCCAAGUCGACGAAAAGUCCUGGCGGAGCGAAAUCAUCAAGUCGCCAUCGCAAAUCGAUUUGAUGAAUGCCGACAACGACGACGAGCUUCACAGCCGGCUGUUGACGAAAAAGCAACUGAGCGAAAUGGCCUGGGGAGUGCGCGAGCUAAGCAGGCGGUUGAGCAGCAUGCGCAUCAGGUUCCGCGUCAAGACUAUCUUCGUGCUGACGAAAAUCCACGACCCGGAUUUGAUCAUCCGCACCAGGGAGUUGGUAAAGUGGCUUCUGUCUCAUGAGAGAGACGUCGACUACACGGUAUACGUGGGGGAGAACUUCAAGGACAGCAAGAAGUUCAAUGCCUCGGGUCUCAUCGAGGAACUCAAGAAAGAGCAUGUUGAGGCGGGCAGGAUGAAACCUGAUGACAAAAAUGAUCUUCUGGCCAAGCGGUUGAGAUACUGGGACGAGGACAUGUGUAGAAACAGGCCGCAUAUGUUUGACUUUGUCAUCACUUUGGGAGGUGACGGCACUGUUCUCUACAUCAGCUGGCUUUUCCAACGCAUCGUGCCUCCGGUGCUCAGUUUCUCGCUCGGCAGCCUCGGGUUCCUCACCAAGUUCGACUUCGAAGAGCACAGGUCCAUUCUCACGAAUGCCUUCAACAAGGGCGUCACAGUGAGCCUCCGCCUGCGCUUCGAAGGAACAAUCAUGAGAAGCCAGCGGAGGAAACAACUGGUCGACGGCGACGAGAGCACUUCCAGCCAGGAAGACGAUGGGCGAAGGCCAGAUCUUGUCGAGGAGCUCAUCGGUGAGGAGAGGGAAGACGCGCAUACUCACAUCCCAGACGGGACCUUCGAGAUAUUGAAUGAGAUCGUGGUAGACCGCGGCCCAAAUCCAACAAUGUCAUACACCGAGAUCUUCGGUGACGACGAACACUUCACUUCCGUCUUGGCGGAUGGCAUAUGCGUUUCGACCCCGACGGGCUCCACAGCCUACAACCUGGCGGCCGGCGGCUCCCUCUGCCACCCGGAGAACCCCGUCAUGCUCGUCACCUCCAUCUGCCCGCAUACCCUCUCCUUCCGCCCCAUCAUCCUCCCGGACACCAUCGUCCUCCGCGUCGGCGUCCCCUACGACGCCAGGACAAACUCGUGGGCCAGCUUCGACGGCCGCGAGCGCGUCGAGCUCUACCCCGGCGACUACGUCACCAUCAGCGCCAGCCGCUACCCCUUCGCCAGCGUCCAGGCCCAGGGCCGCCGCAGCGAGGACUGGGUCAACAGCAUCAGCGGCAAGCUGGGAUGGAACACGCGGCAGAAGCAAAAGGCGUACAAGGAAUGGGAUAAAUAG